ACCGGAAGGUUGUGUCGCCUAGUGCGGGUCGCAGUCUAGAGGUUCCGUCACCAAACGAAAUGGCGGAGGCUGCUGUGCUGGCGUGGGUUCGCGGCCCCGGUACCGCGUGGAAGGCGCUACCGUGUGCCUCGGCUGGGUGCUCAGUGCGCGAUGUAAUCUACCCACACUGCCAAGAACAGGAAAUUCCUGUGGAAUGCUUCUUUGUGAAGUGCAAUGGAGUCCUCGUUGCUGCUGGUGACAAGGUGUGCCAUGGAGCUGUGUACAGUUUGGAGCCCAGGCUUCGAGGGGGCAAAGGAGGUUUCGGGUCUAUGCUUCGAGCACUUGGUGCCCAGAUUGAGAAGACAACCAAUCGAGAAGCCUGCCGGGAUCUCAGUGGGAGGAGAUUACGAGAUGUCAAUCAUGAGAAAGCGAUGGCCGAGUGGGUAAAACAGCAAGCUGAGCGAGAGGCUGAAAAGGAACAAAGGCGCCUGGAGAGGCUGCAGCGAAAGCUUGCAGAGCCUGCACACUGCUUCGCCAGCCCUGACUACCAGAGGCAGUGCCAUGAAAUGGCUGAGCGUCUGGAAGAUUCAGUCCUCAAAGGUAUGCAGGCUGCCUCCAGCAAGGUGGUGUCAGCAGAGGUCACGGAGACUCGAAAACGGCCUAACAGGUCAAAGACGGACCAGGGAGCUGGUGCAAAGAAAAAGAGGUGCUUUUGGUUGGGCAUGGAAGGACUGGAGGCUGCCGAGGGAUCCAGUACUGGCAGUUCAGAUGACAGUGAAGAUGAUGACCAUGAAGAUGCUCCUGGGACCUCGGGGCUGAGCUGCUGUGCCCGGGAAAAUGGCAGUGAUGGUGGGGAGGUGGCAGCUGACUCUCCUGGCAGUGUUCAGAGCUCAGGAUCUGGUGCACGCUCUGAGUCGCCUAAAGAGCUUCAGAACCCCAUGACUGAGCCUGGGCAGGGCAUUUUGGAGAACACAGGAACUGAGCCAGGAGAGACAUCUACCAGGGAGCACAAUGAGAGGAAGACAGUCACAGUCACAGAAACAGAGGAGACCCCAGCAAGGAAGGAAACAGAGAGUCCUGAGCCCACAGAAAAGGGCCAAGAGACAGGAGUGAUUGGUGAAGACAGAGCUGCCAUGGCUUUGUCUGGAGAAGACAGGAAAAGCAUCCCUGCUGCUACCCCAGAGGGAAGCAACUCAGGAGACACGGCUCUUGGUGUGGAAGCUCUGGAUCUGUCGGCAUUCAGCUCUGCAGCCGAGUUGGAGUUGCUGGGUUUGGAGAGGCUCAAGUGUGAACUGAUGGCCCUUGGACUGAAGUGCGGGGGAACCCUGCAGGAGCGCGCAGCCAGACUCUUCUCUGUCAGAGGCCUCUCAAAGGAGCUCAUUGACCCAACUUUAUUUGCCAAGCCUUCAAAAGGGAAGAAGAAGUGAAUUUUCUCAGCACUCUCCUGGUGUUCGACACUUCUUCCAGUGUGAUGGACUUGUGGCCAAUGUUCCUUUUGAUACUAAAAGCCAGUUUUUUAUUAAUUCA